CGUGGCGGAGCUGGACGGUCCGCUAGUUAAUGCCUAACUCACUGGACUUGAGCCGCAUAGCUUGAAUAGGCAGCUGCUAGUCUACUCUAGCUGGCGGGGUCUCCCAUGCUGUGCCACUGCCAGUGCAUCAUCUGGCCGUCACCUCCAUCGCCAGUACAUAUUCCCUCCACAACUCUACCACAGAUCGAGACCGUCAGCCAUCCACAAUCAAAACCAUGAUUGAGAUCAUCUGCAACGACCGUCUCGGCAAAAAAGUGCGCGUAAAGUGCGAGCCCGACGACACAAUCGGCGACUUCAAGAUGCUCCUUGCCAAACAUAUCGGUACCGAUCCCGAGAAGAUCGUGCUCAAGAAGGGCACGUCGACUCUGAACGACCGGGUCACCAUCGACGACUACGAAAUUGGAAACGGAAGUUCGCUCGAGUUGUACUACAGGUAACCUGGUGAGGAGGAUGAUGAUGAGGAUGGAGAUGAGGAUUGAAGUAGAUGAGGGAAAGAUCAGGCACCGUGACUAUGAGCAGAAUGAUGAUCUGAUUUGCUAGAUUCUUUUUGUAUUGACUACACCUACUACCUCUGGCAUCUUGACGAUCAAACUGAUACCACUAUUCCACACUGCU